GGGUAUUCCGUACCUACACUCGUUACCGUUCCCCUGUGCAGUUUGCCGACGCAAAAAUCAACAUACGAAUUAAAUCUGCAAUAGUGCUUCAAGUGCAGUGCUAUUAUUAAACCUAGCAUGUUGGAUAGAAGCGCCAUAAUGCGUCACGCCAAGUGCUGCUGCGUCCCCGUGGAGACGGCCACCUUCAUUUUUGCAGUAUUUAGUUCUGUUAUAUCGGGGUUCGCGACUGUGGCCGCCGCGACAGCCAACACCUGGUUGGGUGCCGUCACGGGUGAUGAGAACUUCCAGCAGAUCUGGGAUGAUCCCGAGAGCAUCCGUCAAUCUAUGGGCGACCGGGUGUACAACCAAAGGUUUGCGGAUUACUCAGCGGCGUUGGCUGCCAUGAUGUUCUUCUUCACCUGCUCUGUGGUUUCCUUCAUCUUCUCAGUGUUCCUGUGCUAUGGAACCCAUAGGAGGCGCCCAGGUUUCGUGAAGGCCUACCUGGUGUAUGGAGUAGUGGUGACCAUCCUCAUGAUGACUGGAGCUGUUCUCUACUCCUGGGCCGCUGAAGAAAUCAUUGUGGGCUCCAUGAUCCUUAUUGGCUGCGGUGUGUACUCCAUAAUCCUCCUGAUGGUCCAGCGCACAUACGAAACUCUGCGUGUCGAGCAGAGCCGCAACUCCGGACAACUGCUGUGCCCCGAACCAGAACCUUGCAUGAAGUCUUAAACAUUACACAUUACAUCGGGGAAUAUUCUAUGUAACGCAAAUCGAUGUUCGAUUUAAGGAUACUCUCUAUCCAGUUUCCGUACUCAGAUCCUUGCAUAUGUGAUGAUAAAUAUUCUAUGUAACGGGAAUCGAUGUUCGACUUAUGAAUUGCUACUUUGCCCAGGGUCAGAGCUGUGCAUAAAAUCUUAAAUAUAAAAUCGGAAAAUAUUCAAAGAUAAUGUAUAUUAUACUAACUCACAAUCCAAUUUCUGUGCCCAGAAUCCGAUCAUUGC